AACAUCCGUGUCAAGCGUUGUUGGUCGCCGUCACAACGCAGCAGCAUAGAACCAUACGCCUUCUCUCAGUGCCUCCAUUACGCUCCGUUCAAUUAAGCAGCUAUGGCUCCACGCGGUAACCCAGGGAGUGAGAUCGAUGAUUAGACUGCACUAUGGCCUACCGCGAUGAGAGUCAGCAGCAUUAAUCCAAUCAAAUUAGGUCUCCGCACUGAUGCUCCCGAGCGCAUCGCGACGAUGGAGCCUGACGAUACUUCUCUCUUUCGAGCAGUCAUUGGAGCGUCCUAGGAAUUGCGUGUUAGUGGUAGCGUACGAAAAAGUCUAGAAGAUAAGGGGUCACUCUUGCGGGUACAGGCGGAGGUAGCAAACGUAGCGUCACAAGUGCGCACCAAUCAUCACACUCCCACGCUACCGUCCGAAGCCUCGCUCUGGUAACCACUUUCACCUGCGACUCCCUCCUCUCCUCCACACCCCGUAACAUCCAUCAGCACUGUGCGCCGGCUAACCGCGAAACCCUCCUUUUCUUCGUUCUCACUACACCUCAUCAUGGUGCGAAUCGGGCCUCUGAGCCUGUCGAUCGAGGCGCUCAUCGGAAUAGGAGCAGGCGUAGUGACCUUCCUUUCCGCCCUCCUCGCCUGUUUCCUCUACUGCUGCUGUUUCCGCUGCCGCAAGCGCAAGGAUAAGAUAAACUCCGCGGCCGUUGCCCCGCAUAAGGCCCUCUCCAUGGGUCACUCCUCGCAUAAUCUCGGCGGCUCGUUCCACGCUAGCGCCAACGGCUACGAUCAGUCCUAUCUCCAUCCGUCGGCUUCAAUGAAAUACCCGCCCCGCACAGUCUCUCCCUCGUCCGUCGGGAGCCAUGUGGGCGUGCCGGCCCGUGCCGUCCCCGGCGGCGGCGGCGGAAAGGGCGGAUACCACGUGGGUAGCGGCGGCUCGCACUCUCUCCCCCGCGGGGCGGGCGGCGCAUACCUGAACCAGACGGAGCUUCUGCCUCCGCCGCACGCGUUCCAUCCGCCGGUUCCCCCUCCUCCUGCUGCGCCGCACCACGCGGCGGCGGCAAUGCGGUCCCCGCGCCAUCCGCUCGCGCCGCCUCCUGGCGCAUUGGUCCCCGCAGCGGGCGCAGGUGUAGUAACGGCAGGGGGAAUGAUGGGUCCGGGCCGGCCAGGAGCAGUCCCCGCCGGGUAUAACGGCGCAAUGGGCGCACCGCAUCCCCAUCAGCAGUACCAUCAGCAGCAACAGCAACAGCAGCAACAGCAACACCACCAGCAACAGCAGCAGCAGCAGCAGCAGCAGCAGCAGCAGCAGCAGCGGGAGCAGCAAGCGAAGCAGCAGCAGCAACCCAAGGAGUCGGAGUGGGAGCAGCAGCUGAAGGCCGUCCUAUUCCGCAAGGUGCCUCUCGACGAGGUCCGCAUCGCCUCGGGGCAGUUCAGUCGGCGCCACGUGCUGGGCGAGGGCGCCUUCGCCGUCGUGUACCGCGGGCGCGGGCCCAACGGCACCACGUGGGCGGUCAAGCGCACCAAGCGCAGCCUCCCCGCGGGCUCCGCCGGUGCGCUGGACUUCGAAAACGAGGUGCUGAUGAUCUCGCGGCUGUCCCACAAGAACCUGAUUCGCCUGCUGGGAUACUGCGCGGAAGGCGGGGAGCAUAUUUUAAUCUACGAGUUCGCGCCGAACGGGUCGCUCGGGUCGGCUCUCGUGCGAUCGCAGCCGCACCUGACGUUCGACCAGCGGCUCGAGAUCGCCGUGGGAACCGCCGAGGCGCUUAAUUACCUUCAUACUGCUACGUCACCGCCGAUCGUGCACCGCGACGUGAAGCCGGAUAAUAUCCUGCUAGACGACAAACUACUCGCGAAGCUAGGAGACUUUGGCCUCCUUAAGAACCUCAUAGACUCGCACGGUGGCGGCGGCGGGGGGGGGGGAACAGUGCAGGCCGCGUUCACACGCGUCGCGGGAACGCCGGGGUAUCUAGACCCGGACUACCACCUUACGUCGAAGGUGACUACAAAGGGGGACGUGUAUAGCUUCGGCGUCGUGCUCCUAGAGCUCUUCACCGGCCAGCGCGCAAUCAUCGUGGGGAAACCCGCGGGCCCCGGCGGAGCGAACCAGGCGCAACGGCGGAAGGCGGAGGCGGAAGCGGAAGGGCGCGGAGGCGGGCGACGGCCGGCGGGGAUCCCGGGGAUGCCCGGGGUGCCUGUGGGGGAAGAUGGGAACGACCCGGUGCAUAUCUCCCAGUGGGUUGCGCCGUACGUGCAGUACGGGGUGGUGGAGGAGGUAGCGGAUUCGCGGAUGGGCGGAGAGUACGACCCAAUCGCGUUGCUCCACGUGUUCGAGAUCGCGCUGCAGUGCGUGCGCCCCACGAAGACCCGCCCCGCCAUGACCGCUGUCGUGCGCGCGCUCGUGGAGAUCCGCGAGCGCCUGGCGGAGCGGCGCAACGGCGCGCGCAGCGGGGAGGCGCCGCUGCCGCCGCUGGCGGAGGGCGGAGGGUGGAGAGGCGCGGGGGACGGCGGGGACGGCGUGGACAGGGGCGCGUGGCGGAGAACGGGGAGUAAUGGCAGCGGGCGGGAUGCGGAGGAGCGGGGACUGAGCGGACGGGAGAGAGGGGGAAGCCCGUGGGAGCGGACGGGGCCGCGCGGAAGGGGGGGAGAUGAGGGGGACUUGGGGAGGGGAGAGUCGCUGCGGCGUGGGGGCUCGGGGAGGAAUGUGCAGAGGGAUGGGGGAGGGGGGUCGGGCAGAAGGGGAGGAGAGGAGUUUGCGCGGCGGGGGGAGUGGGGAGAGAGAGGGGGGGAUGAGGAGAGAAUAGUGGAGGGGUUGCCAGGACGAAAGGGCGGGAGGUAUGCUGAAGGGAGGGAGAGAUGGGAGGAUGAUGAGGGGAGGGCGAGGCGAGAGGAGGAGGAGGCAUGGCACAGGCGGCAGCAGCAGCAGCAGCCGCAGCAGUGGCAGAGGGGCGAAGCAGGAGAAGCAGGAAGAGGAGGUGGAGGGGGAGGGGGAGGAUACAGAGUGGAAGAAAGCCGAGGGGCUCAUGGGCGAUCCCCGUCUGGUAGGAGGGUGGAGGAAGAGAGAAUGGAGGACCAUGCACAGGGAAGGGGCGGGGGGGCGUAUUGGUCUGGAUAUCCCAGCAAUGUACCACCAGACAUGGCUGCUGGAGCUGCUGUGGCUGCUGCACAGCCACACAUGUCGCCUCUCCGCUCCCCCACCAGGUCCCCCCAAAUGUCUCCCCUCCGCUCACCAAGUCACCAGCCGUACUCCCCCUUACACCAGCCCCGCUCCCCCUUACACGAACCUCCCUCCCCCUUGCGCCAGCCCCCCUCCCCCUUGCGUCAGCCCCCCUCCCCUUUACAUCAGCCCCACUCCCCCUUGCGCCAGCCCCAAUCCCCCUUGCACCAGUCCCCUUCCCCCGUGCGCCAGUCCCCUUCCCCCUUGCGCCAGUCCCAGUCCCCCUUGCGCUCACCCCACCGAUCCCCUGGCACAAUGCUCUAUGAAGCAGAGGCACGAGAGGACAACGGUGGUGCCGCUGUGAUAGGAGGCGGCAGAAGGGCAGAUAACGGCAGGAGCCUCGGUGGCUAUUACAGCACUGGGAUGUUCACUGACGGUGUUGAUGGUACCGCUGGUGGUGCUGCUGGUGCUGUUGGUGCUGCUGGUGGGAGCAGUAGAGUGCCUGGCGAUGAUGGUCGUUAUGGUUACACCAACGGGCGGUUCGGCGAUGCAAGUGGUCGGUACUCCCCAAGCUGGGCCAUGCGGGACCAGCCGUGACUCGUGAGGCUGCUGCUGCUGCUGCUGCUGCACUGCAUGGUUUCACAUGUCGGUACAAGGAUCGAACGGGUUUGAGGGACAAAGACGCUCUCUAUUCCCCUGUAACAGUAACGCACAUGCAUCAUCAAGACCUGCAGGCGGGGAAACCUGCAGCUUACGGCAGAAUUGGCUUGGCGGGCCGUUAGCGCACUCUUCCAAAUUAUUGAAGUCAUUAUGUAGUACAAGGCACCUUCAUUGGUUAUGACUUGAUAUACGCUCCAGUAGAAUACACCUAUCGUAAUCCC